AUGUCCAAAUCACUGCGACGGGUCGUAACCGGCCACAAGAACGGGAAGUCGAUGGUGCUGAUUGAAGACAAGCUCGAACCCCUGCCAGGCUUCGCGGCAAAUGCUGCAACUAUCUGGCAGAAUCACCGAUACCCAGCUGAGCUCGCCGAUCAUGAUGCUGCUGCGGCAGGUGGUACCCAGAUAUACACCAAAGGCUCCCUGAUUCGUGUCGUCGAUUUUCCAGCCAAUUCCACAGGUCACAAUCAUCGCACAAAAUCGCUCGAUUACGGUAUCGUAAUGGACGGAGAGAUCGAACUCGUGCUGGAGGAUGGAUCCAAGACAAUUGUACGGGCGGGAGACGUGGUCGUGCAGCAAGCCACUAUGCAUCAGUGGAAUAAUCAUACAGACAGACCAUGCCGGAUGCUCUUUGCUCUUCUUCUAUCCGAAGCUGCAGCCGGUCCUAAUGGGGAAGAACUAGGCGACUUCGGUGUUCCCAAGGUAUUUCAAGCGGAUCAAUGA